UGAUCAUCAUCACAUUCAGUGAUCGAUCCCAAGAGUUAACCCAAACACUUCAAAUUAAACAAAACUCUGAUCUGAAAUCAAUAAUAAUAUAUAUGGGUAGUGAGAGCUUCAGCAUUGAGCUUGACCACCUGAAUGCUUCUGCAAAUUACGAUGGCAGAAGAAAGGAGAGAGCUCAAUGGCUUCUUGACUCUCCUCAACCCCCCACCCUAUGCCAACAACUCAUCACUUCCCUCAAGGCCACUCUUCUCCCAGAUGCAAACACCCUCUCUUCUUCUUCUUCUUUAUCUAAAACCCAGAAAACCCCAUCUGGGUUUGCUGUUUCUUUCCUGCAAGGCCUGUUCCCAAUCCUCAAAUGGGGCAGAAACUACAAGGCAACUAAGUUCAAGAAAGACUUAAUGGCUGGCCUCACUCUUGCCAGCCUUUGCAUUCCCCAGAGUAUUGGAUAUGCUAAUCUUGCCAAGCUUGACCCUCAGUAUGGCCUGUAUACGAGUGUUGUCCCGCCUUUAAUAUACGCUUUGAUGGGGAGUUCGCGUGAAAUAGCCAUUGGCCCCGUUGCUGUUGUAUCUAUGUUGCUGUCUGCAAUGGUUUCCAAGGUUGUGGAUCCUGCACAGGAUCCUGUUGCUUACAGAAACAUUGUUUUCACUGUCACCUUCUUUGCUGGUAUUUUCCAGGCAGUUUUCGGAUUGUUCAGGUUGGGGUUUCUUGUGGAUUUUCUCUCACACGCUGCCAUAGUCGGGUUCAUGGCGGGUGCAGCCAUUGUAAUUGGUCUCCAGCAGCUGAAGGGGCUGCUGGGGAUCAACCAUUUCACCACCAAGACUGAUGUGGUGUCUGUCUUCAAGGCUGUUUUCAAUUCAUUCCAUGAGCCAUGGUCUCCUUUCAACUUCCUGAUUGGCUGUGCAUUCCUAAUCUUCAUCCUAAUCACAAGAUUCAUUGGCAGAAAGAACAAGAAAAUGUUUUGGUUACCAGCACUUGCUCCUCUUUUAUCUGUCAUAUUAUCCACAUUGAUUGUGUACCUGAGUAAAGCGGAGGAACGGGGAGUUAAGAUUGUGAAGCAUUUUAAAGGGGGACUAAAUCCAAGCUCAGUUCAUGAUCUGCAGUUUAACAGUCCUCAUCUUGGGGAAUCUGCAAAAAUAGGACUAAUAUGUGCCAUCAUUGCCCUCACUGAAGCGAUUUCUGUUGGCCGAUCAUUCGCUUCAAUUAAAGGCUACCAGCUUGAUGGUAACAAGGAAAUGCUAGCCAUGGGGUUCAUGAACAUCAUUGGAUCUUUAACUUCUUGCUAUGCUGCCACAGGUUCGUUUUCAAGAACAGCUGUGAAUUUCAGUGCAGGCUGCGAAACCGUCGUCUCAAACAUAGUUAUGGCAGUGACAGUGUUGAUCUCCCUGGAACUGCUGACCAAAUUCAUGUACUACACUCCCUUAGCCAUCCUCGCCUCCAUUAUCCUGUCUGCACUUCCAGGACUAAUCGACCUUCGGGGCGCUUUCCAUAUCUGGAAGGUGGACAAGAUGGACUUCCUUGUCUGCACUGGUGCCUUUCUUGGAGUGCUGUUUGGAUCAGUGGAAAUUGGCCUUGUUGUCGCGGUUGGGAUUUCAUUUGUUAAGGUUGUUGUGGAUGUGAUUAGACCUAGUACAGAAGUACUAGGAAGGCUUCCUGGAACAGAAAUCUUUUGUGAGAGAGCUCAGUUUCCAGCUGCAACUACCAUUCCUGGGAUCUUGAUUGUCAGAAUCAAUUCCGGGUCUAUUUGUUUUGCCAAUGCUAACUUCAUUGUAGAAAAGACCCUAAGAUGGGUAGCAGAAGCUAAUGACACUGAAAAAAACAGCUUGGAUAGUGUUCGUGUUGUGGUCUUGGACAUGUCCAAUGUGACCAACAUUGACACCUCGGGAAUCAUAGCCUUGGAAGAGCUGCAUAAGAAUUUUGUUUCGCAAGGGAUCCAGUUAGUAGUGGCGAAUCCAAGAUGGAAGGUGAUAGAGAAACUGAAGGCGGCGGAAUUUGUGAAUAAAGUUGGAGGAGGGUGGAUUUUCCUGACGGUGGCGGAUGCGGUGGAGGCUUGCCUUCAUCUCAAAAUGCUUGCUUUCACCACUCGUUGAUAUAUAGAUAUCAUGCCUGCAUGCCACUAUAUUAUAUUGAUGUUGGUUUUACUAUUAUGUCCGGAUUUUGCAGUAAUUUAUCUAAGUAUAUAGUUUUUUAAUCUGUUGCACUUAAUUAUAUGAUUGCCAAUAAAUGUAACAUGCAUUGUGAGAUUUUAGUCUUUGCUAUCAAAGUAAAGGUUAAUAUUUAUCUUCACCAA